AUGGCCAAACCGAAUCCAAAAAAGGACAACCUAGCAGUGCCGCCAUGCGUGCUAGUGAGCGUGGAGGGCGAGGUGCCAUGCCUGACGGGCACGAGCUGCAUCAUCCCCUUCUACCUGCGCCCACACACGUCAGACAGCAUGGUGCUGCGCGUGCACUUUGAGAACUCCCCCACGCCCUUUUCCGUGCUGCGCCGAGAGACCAGGCAGAAGCGGUUCACUGCGGUGCUGGAUGGUGGAGCUAACAUUGGGAUCACCACCACUGUGCUCGCCCUCAUGUUCCCCCAUGCGCGCAUAGUGGCAGUGGAGUCAUCCGAGGAGAAUUACCGCAUGCUCAGACUCAACACCUUUGCCCUGCCCAAUGUUGUCGCCUUUCGUGCUGCACUCUGGAACAAACUUAAUGAGCCCCUGUCAGUGCACAUGGACCCGCGCAGCCACGGGUACUGGACCCUAAUGACAUCCAUCCCAGGCCAGGAGAGGGGUCUGAAGCAGUACGGCACUGCGCACACAGUCACCGUGCCGUGGCUCGUAGAGGUCACGGGCGUGCCGGGCUUUGAUCUCGUCAAGCUGGACGUGGAAGGGAGUGAGCGCGAGGUGUUCACGCCCGUAGAAGGCUCCGGGAGGGACCCAGGCUACACGCUCUCCUGGCUGAACCACGUGCAGAUGGCUCUCAUUGCCACGCACGAGGGGCUGCGGCGCGGCGGGCAGGAGGCGGUGCGGCAGGCAUUUGACCUCGGACGCUUCUCCCUGGAGCUGGGGGGCUCGCACUAUGUGUAUCGUAGCAAGGACGUGUUUGAUGAUGACAUGAGGGAGCAAGCGUUUGCGGCGCUCAAGAGCAUGGCAGGGCAGCCAGCAGAGGGAGCGGAGGAGGGCGAUGCAGGGGCAGAUGCUGGUGCUGAUGGUUGA